AUAUAGUCUCCUACCAAUGGGUGUUUUCAGUAAAACCUGAAACUCGUGGUGGGUUUGGGAAGACAAGCUCUGUGAUCGUUGUGUACCAACAAAUUGCGAAAGAAAGAAACGAACUCCAAACGAUGGCUGGUGGAGGAAGGCUUGGAGACAUCAUAGAAAUGGAUGAAGAGCUUAUUAUGAAAGCUUGCCCUUCUGCCAUGAACGCUCACAAGUUUCCAGAGAAGCCCUUUACUUUAGAGAAAAUCCGUGCUUCAUCAGAUGCUUAUACGGCCUUCAUUUUCAGCUUUGCUGGAUCUUGGUCUGUAAAUGAUUGGCAGUUUGCUCAAAAACCUUUUGGAGAAACCCAGAUCAAAACCGAACUGUUUCCUUCUCUUCGAAGUAUAGGCAACGAUGAAUUUGCCAUGGUUAAUCAAGGUUUUCAGCAGAGGUUCGAGGAGAGGAUCUUGGAGGCUUCAGAUUUCCGAGCUAAGGUGGAAAUGGCCAUGCAAGAAUCUGUGAAAGGUAGGAAGCAAAUGGUGUUUACAGGACACUCCACGGGUGGUUCAAUUGCCAUCCUUGCAACACUUUGGUUCCUGGAAAAAUGCUCCAUAAGACAAGAUACCUCACCUCUCUGUGUGACUUUUGGUUGUCCUCUAACUGGUAAUCACAUAUUUUCACAUGCUCUUAGUCGAGAGAAAUGGGCUUCCUACUUCAAACACUUUGUCAUGAGAUAUGACAUUGUCCCCCGGAUCUUGUUUGCUCCUAUUCCAUCCAUUGAUCAAAAAAUUCCACCAAUCCUGCAACUCUUCGAUGCAAAAUGCAAAAAUCCUGCACUUCAACACUUUGGCAAUAUCACUACUCAACAGGCAUUGGAUUUUUUUUUAACUGUAAUGAGGAAUGCAUCAGCCAUGACAAGCCAUGCUGCCUGCAAACUCAUGGGGAACACAAAUUUGCUCUUGGAAACUGCAACCAGCUUCAUAUCAUUAAGCCCUUACAAACCCUUUGGAACUUACAUCUUCUGCACUGGCAAUGGAAAACUGGUGGUGUUGAGCAACCCAGAUGCUGUUCUGCAGCUACUGUUUUACUCUUGUCAAUUGAGCAGGGAAACUGAUCAAGAGGUAGACAUUGCCCGUAAAAGUCUUCUGCAACAUUUUAUAUAUGAAGAUGAACUGCAAGAAAGCUUACAAAUGCAAGAUGUACACAAUCUUGACUUGAACCAAUUGGGAACCCUCCCACUGUCUGCAGAGGUAGGAGGUGAUAGCGCCACACUCAACUCAGCCUUGAAUGAUCUCGGAUUGAGCUCGAGAGCCAGACUGUGUCUUCGUGCUGCUGGAGAAUUAGAGAAGCGAAAACGGGGAAACGAGGAUGAUAUCAAUGGGAAGAAGACAGACAUCAACAAAGCAAUGAAGUUGCUAGAAGACUACCAAGAGAAGAGUGCGCUUCGGAAUUUAGGCUCUUAUGAUGCCUUCAAGCUUCAAAAAGACAACAAGGACUUCAACGCUAAUGUGAAGAGACUCGAGCUAGCUGGUAUAUGGGAUGAAAUCAUCGAGAUGUUAAAAAGAUACGAACUCCCAGAUGGAUUCGAGGGUGAUAGGAGUUGGGUAGAGCUCGGAACGAGGUAUCGCCGCCUUGUUGAGCCCCUGGAUAUCGCCAACUACUAUCGACACUCCAAGAACGAAGACACAGGAGCUUAUAUGAAGAGGGGCAGGCCAAAGCGUUAUAGAUACACACAGAGAUGGUGGGAGCAUGCUGGGAAGAUGGCUACCGAUGCCAGUGGAGAAUCUAAUUUCUGGGCAGAGUUAGAGGAGAUCCGCAGCAAAACUGGUAGCAGGGCAGGGUUUGAAGAAGUCAAGGAUAAAGUUUUAAAGCUAGAAGAAGGUGUGUAUAAAUGGGUUUGUGGCGGUGACUUGAAUAUGGAUGUGUUCUUGGAGGAAUCCACCCUUGUGAAGUGGUGGAAAACACUUCCUGACGAGCAUAAGUGUAGAUCUCGCCUUUCACGAUUCAUGAAUAGAUAAAUAAACGGAGAUUUUGGCUGUUGAGUGCUGACCCCUGCCUGUGUAUUUUUAAAUAAGAAAUCCGUUAUGAAUAUAUGGUGUUCAAAUAGAGUCUCUUUGUUCCUUGUAGAAAUAAAAGAACUUCAACAGUUUUAAGGCAAAUGUGAAUUCAGUUUUGUGAA